AUGCCUGAUCGAGCUGAUGCUGAUAAGUUGCUACACGAUGUCAGUUUGAGAAUUUCCUCUGAUUGUAAAUGGGCUCAGGUUUCCGCCGAAAAUGUGGACUCAACUCUUCGUGCUCGAUCUACCUUUGCUGAUACUUCUGCUGCCCGUUCCGACUUCUCUGUCUUAUCUGUAGGGGACCAUGUUCUCCGAUACAACUUUGGUAGAUCUAAGCUCAGCCAGAAAUGGCUUGUUGACCAAGUCUACGUGGUCCGUGCUAUCAAAGGAGCUGUAGCUGCUAUUUCUCCUAUUAACUCUCCUUCUCUGUCCUAUGAAUAUAUUGGUAACUUGAAGAUAGUCACUUCUGCGGCGGGGGAGUGUUGA